AUGGCCUCUCUAUCUCUCCCAUCCCGCCACCUCCUUCCUAAGCUCACCCCCUUCCCUUCCCUCCACUCCUCCACCCAAUUCAAUCCCAACAAAUUCAACCCCUUCCCAAACCCAACAACAAGACUUUCGUCUUUUAAACCCUUGCAUCUCACCCAUUUACUGGGCUUCACAACUACUGCCCCACGUGCUUCCUCCUCGGCUGCCACUGCUCGUGCCGUGCAGGCGGCUGAGCCAUGGCAGGGGGCGCACCUCAAACCUUUAAUGGCUUCCAUUGCGACGGGACUCCUCCUCUGGUUCCUUCCUAAACCUUCUGGCGUUUCCACGAACGCAUGGCAGUUACUAUCUAUUUUCAUGGCCACCAUUGUGGGCAUCAUCUCUCAGCCACUGCCUCUCGGCGCUGUGGCUAUCCUCGGCUUGGCUGCUUCUGUACUCACCAAAACACUAACGUACGCCGCGGCAUUCUCCGCCUUCGGCCACCAGAUCCCGUGGCUCGUGGCCCUCGCCUUCUUCUUCGCCAAAGGAUUUAUUAAGACGGGGCUGGGCACGCGAAUAGCCUACCACAUCGUGUCCCUGGCUGGUUCUUCCUCCUUGGGGUUAGGCUACAGCUUGGUGUUCAGCGAGGCAUUGCUGGCGCCCGCAAUACCCUCCGUUUCUGCCAGAGCAGGCGGUAUCAUUCUGCCGUUGGUGAAAUCCCUGUGCUCAGCUUGCGGCAGCAACGUCGGGGACGGAACCGAGGACCGACUGGGGUCGUGGUUAACGUUUACGUGCUUCCAAACGUCGGUGAUAUCGUCGGCCAUGUUCUUGACUGCGAUGGCCGCGAAUCCGCUGUGCGCAACGCUGACGUUUAACGCGAUAAAGACGACGAUUGGGUGGGGUGACUGGGCUAAGGCGGCGCUUGUACCUGGGGUGGUAUCUCUGAUUUUGGUGCCGUUGAUUCUAUACGUAAUAUACCCACCCACGGUGAAGAACAGUCCAGAUGCGCCAAGGCUUGCCAGAGACAAGCUCAGGCAGAUGGGACCCAUGGCUCGCAACGAGAAGAUUAUGGCCGCCACCCUGCUUCUUACGGUAUGA